AUGACCGUGCCCGUGGUCAUGCUUCACAAGAAUGGCCCGCAUGGUGUUACCGCAUUACGCAAAACAGGAACCCACUACGACAAGAGACGAGCGUACACAGAACAGAAAAUGGCAAUAUUGUGGUCUUGGACACAAAACAACGAAAGAUAUAGACUACAACAAGAGACGAAUGGACACAUGGAACAACUAACAGACAAUGGCAAUAUCGUGGUCUUGGACACAGAAGGCCCGACGCAAAACAACGAAAGAUAUAGACUACGACAAGAGACGAAUGGACACAGGGGACGACCAACAGAAAAUGGCAAUAUCGUGGUCUUGGACACAGAAGGCGCGACGCAAAACAACGAAAGAUAUAGAGAUGUGGAAGCACGGUCUCGUCACCAAGAUUUGUCUCACCCAUCUGCACAUCGACCACGAGAUCCACAAACGAGUAAACCGCAGGAAAACCAGAGAGAACCACCAUUGCCUGUACUAGACGACAGAGCGCUCAGAUCUUUUCAGUUGCCAUCACAAGAAGCAUUUCUUCAAAAACCAUCAACUCCCCUUGGAAACCCUCCACGAGAAGAACCAAGACAUGGCCCAUGGUGUAACAUUUGUGGAAAAAAUAUGCAGGUAUAA